AGCUCUAACCGUUUUACAAAUUAUUUCGCGUUUUAAGGUAUAAUAAAUUGAUGGGUAAAAUUUCUCAACUUGUAAUCGCGCAGUUUUUAAGUUAUAGCUCUUUUAAAUUUUCAAACUUUAACCUUAUCGUGUGUUUCGAUAUCUCUGCGCCAUAUUUUUUUUUGUCGAUUUAUUGUUUGUGUAUUUUACAGAACACAAUAAACUCUAAAAAAAACUUUAAAAUUAUGUUCGACAAAUUACACAAAAACACAAUAUAAUUAAUUUUUUUUCAUUAUCCAUAAACAAAAUGUCAGCCGAGUGCCACAAACCGUUCUGUAUUGUUCAUUUAACUGGAUGCAGUGGCGUGUUAAAUAAGUUUUCUAAAAAAACGUUUGAAAAUUUUUGUAUAAAAAGAACGAAAUGGCUUUCUCUUGCGGAGGAAGGGAAAACUGUUGCGGAAAUUUCUCUCAAUUUUGUUGGGAAAGAUGUUUCAUUUGAGAAUCUUUAUGCUACAACAACAGGAAGCACUUGCUCUCCAUAUUAUCAUUUAAAAUGUUACCAAAAGUUCACUGACAAAGUCCUUAUUGCAAGAAUAGAAAAAAAAAUUAAUGAAUCUAAAGCUAAAAAUAAAAGACGAUCUACUUCACCAACAACACUUUGCACUAGAGGUAGAAAGUCCACAAGAAAAUGCAACAGCUCUAACAGUAAUCGUGAUAGAAAUAAGACUCACAUUUUACCCGAAAUUUGUUUGGUUUGUGAAAAGGUGGAGAAGUACUUUAUGGAUAAGAUGCAACUAAAGCGAUCUGUGCAAUAUCUAACUCUGGCAGAAACAAAAGAUGCAGGAUUACUUCAUGAAGCUGCAGAGCAAAAAAAUGAUGGGCGUAUACUCUUGCAGAUAAAAGACAAAGACUGUGUUGCUGUAGGGGUAAGAUACCACAAAAUAUGCUACACUUUAUACACCCAAGAGGUACGCAAUAUUCAGCGAUGUCCAAAACCUAAUUUAGAUAUUUCUAAAAAUUAUGAUAUUGCUUUUCAAAAACUUUGUGAAGAUAUUGUUAUGGAAAGAAUUAUAAACAAUAAUGAAAUUAUGACUCUCAAGAGCCUUCUAAAAAAGUUUAUUUCUUUUAUAAAUCAAUUUGAAAAUAGUGACAUAAUAAUAUACCAGUCAACUAGAUUAAAGAACAGACUUGUUUCUAAAUACCCUAAUUUAGUAUUUCAUAAACCAAGUAAUAGAUCUGAAAGUGAAAUUGUUUAUAUAUCGAACUGUAAUGUAGGAUUUGCUGCAGAAUCUUUUGUUAAUAAUAGUUCAACUGAAAAUACAGAUGAAGAUGAUAGUAAUAGUCAUGAUGACAACACAAAAGAAAUUCCUAAACAAAAUAUUAGUAUAGAAUUGAUCCAUUUUUACAUGGUGGCAUUAGAGUUGAGAAAGGUUAUUCAAGGAAUAGCUGAUUUCACUGGGAUUUGGCCUCCAGUUUCACAUUUGUUUACCAUUGAAAAUUGUGUUGAAAGUGUUCCAAUAGUACUAUAUAACUUUUUAUGUCUUGUUCUUGGUUUUUCUGAUGAACCUUAUCUUUAUAAUCAACGUCAUUCUAUUACAACACCACUUAUGCUUAAAGUUAUUUCUAUUGCACAAGAUCUUAUUUAUGUUGCAUCAAAAGGGCGAACCAAUACUUACAAACAUCUUGCACUCGGUAUGACAGUCAGACAACUUACUGGAUCCAGCAAGCUUAUUGACAUUUUAAAUGGAUUUGGUCAUUGUGUAUCAAGUUCAACUGUCACUCGUCACGAAUCUGCGUUAGCAGCAUUAAAUGUGAUGGUUAAUACCAUUGUUCCAUGUAAUGUAGCAAAAAAAAAGUUCACAACUCUAGUAUAUGAUAAUGCUGAUUUUCUUGAAGAAACUCUCUCUGGAUCUGGAACAACUCAUGUUACUCAUGGAAUUUGCAUUCAGGAAAAAUACAAUUGCAAUUUUAGCAACUCUAUCCAAGUUAGCAGAAGAUUAAAAACUGUUCCAUUGCCAAAACAAGUGGUUCAACCAUAUCAUUUAGGAAAAAAACCAUCAUUUAGUGUUUCAUAUGAUAGCCAAAGUUAUUUUACUCAAAAUAAUCUAUUGGAUUUGACACCUUCCACAAAUGUCAAAGAACAAUUGCAUUUUAUUAAAUAUGAUCUGGCCUACUGUUUUAUCAAGUUGCCAACUAUAAGCUCAGAAAUUCUACCUUCAUGGACAGGUUUAAACACUAUAAUGUCUGAUAAAAAUAUGCUAACUACUAUUGCUUACUUACCAGUUAUUGAUGCACCUGUAACUGAAAUAUCAACUAUCAAUGAAAUUUUGAAGCAAGCACUUACAAUUGCUAACACGCUUGAACUAGCACAUAUUGUGUUGGUUUUUGAUGAAGCUGUCUACUCAAAAAUACAGUUAGUUAGGUGGAAGACUGAAGAAUACUUAAGCCGUAUCGUAGUACGUCUUGGUGAUUUCCAUAUGUUAAUGUCAUAUUGUAGUGGAAUUUCAAAAAUUUAUGCUGAUGCAGGAAUGCAGGAUAUAUUUAUUGAAUCUGGAAUUGUGGCAUCUGGUUCCAUUAACGGAGUCCUAUCAGGGAAACAUUACAAUCGAUCUGUGCGUUGUCAUAAAACAUUGUAUGAAGCACUUCAACGCCUCUGCUUUCAAUCAUUUUUGGAUUCCUUGGUGAAUGAGGAAAAUUGUGAUAUUAUUGAAUUUUUGUCUGCUAUGAGAGAAUGUAUUGUUAAAGAAAAUGAUGACUUUUAUUAUCACAAUUAUAAGGAUUAUAUUGAGAGCCAGAAGUUUGAGAAUCUGUGUCAACGGUACAAAGAUUUUGUUGAUGUACAGUGCCAAGAAAAUGCCACAUUCAACUUUUGGUAUAAUUACAUAGAUAUGAUACAAAUUUUGCUUUUACAUAUACGAGCUACGCGCACUGGAGAUUGGGCGUUACAUUUAUCAGUUGUUAGAUCGAUGCUCCCAUGGUUUUUCAUUACAGAUAGAGUUAAUUAUGCGCGAUAUGCUACUUCUUACUGGGUGGAAAUGAAGAGAUUAGCAAUAACUCAUCCAGCUGUUAAUGAUGAAAUUCACAAUAACUGGACUUCUCAACGACAGGAACAAUAUGGAUUUUCUAGAGUUGCAUGUGACCAGACAAUUGAGCAAACUUUUAAUAGGGAUUCGAAAACACAAGGAGGCAUUGUUGGGUUUACUCGAAAACGAUCAGCUGUUCAUCGUUGGAUCAUGGCUCAACAUCAACGCUGUGCUAUAUUUAAACAAUGUGAAAUCAUUUCGGGUAGUAUAUCUCAUACACGGCAGAGGAAAGACCUUGGCGUUAGUAGGAUCAAAAAGGACGAAAAUGCUAUUCUUGAUGUUCUAUCAACAAUUAAAACCAUGGCAAACCCAUUUGAUUUAGAAACUAGUGUCCUUCUUCAUUUAUCUACAGGAGCAGUUGCAACUGUUCCACUGACUACAGAUAUGAGAAACAUGUUGUGUACAGGCGAAGAGAAAGUUGUAUCAUUUAUUAACACCAGAAUACUAUCAAGUGAACAGGAUUUACACUCAUCCAUUCCUAAAUCAAAAAUUGUAACAUUUUCCAGUAUGUUAAAAAAGUAUUCAGCUAAAACCUCAAAUGGAGACUUAGUUACAGUAAAAAACACAAAAGAUUUGUUUGCAAAACUAAUUCUAAUUGCCAAAUCCAGAAAUGUUGAGAUGAGAGAAGUUUUAAAGUAUCCUCUUCGUCCAUAUCCAAUGCCUUUUGCUACAACAACUGGUGGCUUAGUAAAAACACAAAAGAGCAAGUUAAUCAGUUUAAUUGAAACUCCAGUUGUUGAUGCUAUAGUAGAUAAUGUUGAAAAAGGUAAUGCUUUGAUGAUUGAUGCUAUGGCGUUACUACAGACGUUAAAAAUUAUUACUCCAACAUUUAAAGAGUUGUCUGAUUUUCUUCUGUGUACAGUUAUUUCUAUGGGAAACUCCUUUGGAUCAUCUCAUAUUGAUUUUGUCAGCGACAGAUAUCCAGAAGUCAGUAUAAAAGAUCUUGAACGAGAUAAAAGAGCUUCAUUGGGAAGCCAGACAAUCAAGAUUAUGAACCCUAACCAAAAGGUUCCAAAGCAGUGGAAAAAAUACAUGUCUGUUGGAAGCAACAAAGAAGAUUUGGUAGACUUUUUAUAUCAAAGCUGGCAAUUGAGUGAUCCUAGUUUGUUUUGUGGAAUUUCAGUAUACAUAACACAUGGUGAAUUUUGUCAUCAAUUCGUCCCUAUAUUGAAAACUGUUGUUGUGAACGAAGUAGCUGCUUUGCACUGCAAUCAUGAGGAAGCAGAUACACGCCUUUUAGCUCAUGUUGAACUCGCCAUCACCAACGGGAUUAAAAAUAUCAUUAUUCAAAGUCCGGAUACUGAUGUGUUUGUAAUAAGCUUAAGUAACACGUUUUGUAAAGAUAGUUGUCUAUACUUUCUCACUGGAAUAGGAAAUAAAAGAAGGAUUAUCUCAAUAAAUGCUGUCAUACAGCAUUGGAAUAAAAAUUGGUGCCAGGCAUUUAUUGGUUUUCAUACAUUUACAGGUUGUGACACAACAAGCUCGUUCAUGGGAAAAGGUAAAGGGAAACCCCUUAAGGUCCUCUUUGAGUAUACCGAAUUUCUUGACACAUUUAGUCGAUUAGGAGAUUCCUUUAUAAUUUCAGAAAGUGUUUUAAGUAGUCUGGAGAAGUUUGUCUGCUAUAUGUAUCAAAAGAAUUCUACUUGUAAUUCUGUGAACGAAAUGAGGUAUCAAUUGUUUAAAUCCGGAAUAUACGACGAAGAACUGCUCCCACCAACUUUAGAUUCUCUUAGAUGUCAUAUAAAACGAGUUAACUAUCAAUCAUAUAUAUGGCGAAAUGCAACUAAGCCUAUUCAUAAUUUAGACGAUUUCCAAAACCAUGGCUGGAUGGUUAGUGAAUCAGGAAUUGCCAUUGAAUGGCUAAUGAAUCCAGUAGCACCAGACAGUAUCCUGAACUUUGUAAAAUGUAACUGUACGACAGGUUGUGAUACUAAACGCUGUUCUUGUGUAAAAUCGGCUUUAAAGUGUUCAGAACUAUGUAACUGCUCAAAGUGUGAUAACACUGCUUUUGCUGACGAUGAAGAUGUUUAUGAUAAUGGUGUUGAGGAUUACGAUGAGUACGAAGAUGAAUUUUUAGAAGAUGAUCUUUUAUAGACCAAAUUCAUUACUUUUAAGUAAUAGUUUUUAAUUGUUGUAUUUACGUAUAUUUUAAAAGGCUUUUUUAAAAAGAAUAAAAUUUUAAAAUAUU